GACGAGGAUGCUUCGCAACAUCAGCCGAUCUUACGUCCCGCGCGUUUCGACACGAGGUUUCGCAAGCGUUUCAGCCGUCCCUCACUCGUUUUCGACAUCGCCUCUGGAACCAAACACUCGAUCGUCUUACCAUGACCUACAAGAGAGACUAGCAAGAGUGCAGUCGAGAUUGGGCGGCAAGCCGUUGACGUUGACGGAAAAGAUCUUGUAUGCACACUUGGCGAACCCAGAACAGGAUCUCGUAAGGGGUAGUUCUCAACUGGAACUCAAGCCUCAGCGAGUCGCCUUGCACGAUGCAAACGCCCAAAUGGCUCUUCUCCAAUUCAUAUCAGCCGGGCUUUCCACCGUCCGAGUUCCAACAUCUGUCCAUGCCGAUCAUCUGAUCACGGCCAAACAUGGCGAUCGAGUGGAUAUGGUCGAGGCUGAGAGGGUGAACAAGGAGGUUUACAAGUUCUUGGAGAGCGCUUGUGCCAAGUAUGGCAUCGCCUUUUGGAGACCUGGGUCAGGGAUCUUGCAUCAGAUCAUCUUCGAGCAAUACGCAUACCCGGGAGGGUUCAUGAUCGGUACAGACUCUCACACGCCCAAUGCUGCUGGAUUAGGGAUGUUGGCAAUCGGUGUAGGUGGAAUGGAAGGGGUGGAUGUAAUGGCAGGAUCGACGUAUGAGGUCAAACAUCCCAAAGUUAUCGGGGUCGAGUUGAAGGGAAAGUUGGGAGGGUGGUCUACACCGAAAGAUAUCAUCCUCAAGGUAGCUUCCAUCCUCAGCGUCAAAGGCGGCACAGGGAGCGUGGUGGAAUACUGCGGGCCCGGGACGGAGACGAUCAGUUGUACAGGGAUGGCGACAAUUGGGAACAUGGGAGCCGAAGUUGGGGCGACGAGCAGCAUUUUUCCUUAUACGAAGAGUAUGGGGGAUUAUUUGAGGUGUACGGAGCGAGGAGGGAUCGCGCAGGCUGCGGAAGGGGCUUUGGGGUAUUUGAGGAAGGAUGAAGGGGCCGAGUAUGAUCGCCAUAUCGAGAUCAACUUGUCGGACUUGGAACCGCACAUCAACGGCCCAUUCACACCGGACCUAUCUUCCCCAAUCCGCACUUUCGGAAAAGAGGUCGACACCAACCCGACCUGGCCUCGAGAGAUCUCCGCAGCGCUCAUCGGCUCGUGUACGAAUUCGUCUUACGAAGACUUCUCCCGAGCCGCGUCCCUGUUAGACCAAGCUCGCGAUGCUUCCCUACCGUUGCAGACGAAGUUGUUGGUAGCACCGGGAUCGGAGGAGAUAAGAGCUACUUUGGAAAGAGAUGGGAUCCUCGCCAAGUUCAGGGAGGCUGGGGGGACGAUCUUAGCAAACGCUUGUGGCGCUUGUGUAGGCCAGUGGGAGAGGGAGGACGUCAAGAAGGGCACACCGAACUCGAUUGUGUCGUCCUUUAAUAGGAACUUUGUAGGGAGGCAGGAUGGGAAUCCGAAGACGCAUUCGUUCGUGGCGAGUCCGGAGUUGGUCACAGCGAUGGCCUUUUCUGGCAACCUCGCCUUCGACCCAACCUCGGACCCUAUCUCCACCCCCUCAGGCUCAUCCUUCCGGUUCUCCGCUCCCAUCGGCUCCGUCCUCCCUCCCAACGAAUACGUCAGGGAUUUAGAGCUUUACUGCCCGCCUCUCAGACCUGAGGAGAGGGAGCACCUGGUCGUAGAUGUUGAUCCUGCGUCGGACAGAAUCCAGUUGGUACAGCCUUUCAAGGCUUGGGAAGGGGGAGAUGAGAAGAAUUUGGAGUUGUUGAUCAAGGUCAAGGGCAAGUGCACGACGGAUCAUAUCUCAGCAGCAGGACCAUGGUACAAAUACAGGGGACACCUGGAGAACAUCUCUGAAAACCUGCUCAUCGGUGCGGUCAACGCCGAGAACGACAAGACGAACUGGGUAAAGAAUACCAUGACGGGAGAAUGGGAUACCGUACCAAAUGUGGCCAAGUCUUAUCGAGGCCAGAACAAGAGCUGGAUCAUCCUAGCUGGAGAGAAUUACGGGGAAGGGAGUUCGAGAGAGGUCGCUGCGAUGUCUCCGAGAUAUAUGGGCGGGUUCGGCGUGAUCGCCAAGAGUAUGGCUAGGAUCCACGAGACCAACCUGAAGAAACAGGGCGUCUUGCCGUUAUUCUUCGUCGAUAAAGGGGAUUACGACCGGAUCGAUGCGGAUCCUACGAGCUCGAAAUUGAAGCUGAUGGGACUGAACGGCCUGGCACCCGGAUCUAAGCAUACGUUGAGGGUGGAGAAGCGAGGAGGAGAGGUAUUGGACGUUCAGCUUGAACACUCGUUGACAGCGCGCGAGGUCGAAUGGUUCAAGAAAGGGAGCGCACUGAAUAGCCUUCGGGAGAGGGUAUAGAGGAAGAAGCCGAGGAGUGUUUCACCAGGUUGUACAAUAGAAGCGCGCGCCUGAUCCCAUGUAUACCCGGACCGCAGUGAUGAC